GAAGGUCAAGGAAAACCAGGUGGAACUGAAAUUAAAGGGGACACAUCAGAUGUUGGUCUGUGCCAAUGAUGUGAAUCUACUGGGUUAUAAUAUAGAUACCUUAAAGCAAAACACACAGACUUUAAAUGAUGCAAGUAGGUGUAUAAUGAUAUCCUUCAAGUGGCUUCGGCGUUUAGUUAGAAGACAUACAAAUCCAGUACCAGUAGAUAGAGCUGCAUCUAUUAAACAGAAAUUAUCUAUUGUGUAUAUGCUACUUGCAUGGAAUGCAUUUGGAUUUGUAUGUUACAUGUUAUUUACUGGACGUGGUGACUGGGCUCGAUAUUAUGGCUAUAAAUCUGAAGCCGAGGCUUCAAUCCCACCUGGUCGACAGUGGGCCCAAACUUUGAAGAUAGAUAAAGCAAAAAUAGUUCGGUUUUCAGGACUACACAUAGCAGAUGAAUAUGAUUAUCAGAAUGAAGAAACUGGAGAAGCAAGCAAUCUAGAAGAAUGAUAGUGAUAAUGUUAUGAUUGGUAUUUGUUUCAGUUGACUUCUUUAUAAGCAGAAACAGUUCUCAUAAUAAUGCCAUUUCGGUACAAUACUUUAUUCCAGGUAAACUGAAAGAUAAGAUAACCUUGCUCAGUUAUAUUUAUAAUGUUUUUUAUUCCAGUAUUUAUACUGCCAUUUAAAUAUGGAAGUUCUGGAGAUUGGAAUAAAGUAUAAAAUAUACAAGGA